GCCGACCGACCCCUUGAACCGGUCGACCCCUCUGAGCUCGUCUCCUCCUCCUCCAUCUACUACGACCCUGGCGAACUGAUCCUCAGCAUUAUCCCAGCGCAUCUGAGCGCACUCCCUCACAAUGGACUCCUUCUUCGGCCGCAAGAAAGGGCGGCCCCGCCAAUCGUCGGGCGACCUCUCAGAACGGUCCGUGCCAUACGAUCAGCUUGCCCCUCCCUCCCGUUCUCCUAUGCCCGUCGGCACCGUUUCCCAAGGCCUUCGUGGUACUUCAGUCAUAUCCGCCCCGCUCACCAAUCCCACUCUCACCUCCGAUGGAACCAAACUCAACUUCCAGGCUAUUCAGCGGAAUAGAGCCGAGAGAGAACGUUACGCCAACGCCAGCACGACCUCGCGCCCUGAUUCCACUUUCAGCACUUCAGACUCGGGAACCCUAUACAACGAGUCUUUGAACACUAACGCUAGCAAAUGGCCGGCCACCCCAGCCUCGGCCCGCCAGCAGCGAGUCCGGAGAAGCGAAGCAUCCAGCUCAACGGGCAGACGAAGCCCAUCUGGCUCAGAAUAUAACUCGACAUACAUACCCACUUCCCCAUCAACUCAGACCGCUUCCCUCCGUCCCUCCUCAGAGGCCGGUUCACACCACCAUCUAUCUUAUCAUCUCAAUCUCAACAGGCAUGGACCUCAAGACGACUUCUAUUUUCCCCGCCCAGACGACGAGGGUGUCGAAGCUUUAUUCCAGCAAGUCAAGCAGACGCGAGCAAUACCGGAUAGCCAAACGCUUACGAUCGACCAAAAGUGGAAGAUCGUACAUGGCGACGAGCAUCUUCGAUGGCUAGAAGAAAAGAACCGGGAAGAAACGUCUCGGAAGCAGGGCGAGUCUCUGGCGGCACCGAUUGGGGAAGGGUCUCCGGAUUGGUAUAUCAAGAAAUUCCUUGACAAGACUAUCACGGCAAAGCAGGCAUCCAGUGUCUGGGUCUCGCUCAAGAAUAAUGAGAUUAGCUGGAUGGAACGGUUCCUUGAGCUUCAGGGCACCUCGGUACUAGCUCAAGCCCUGUAUCACAUAAGUCGAAAAGGCUCUGAGCGGCGACACGGUGAUGUUCCUCUUGAAAAAGAGAUCACCAACUGUCUAAAGAUCAUAUUCAACCACACGACAAGAGUUCGCGAGGCACUCAAGCAUCCCAACGUUAUAACGCAAAUAAGCUCUUCGCUAAAUUCACCACAUCUUCCAACUCGUAAAAAUAUCCUCGAAAUUCUCCUUUCCACAAUUUAUUGUAGUAGGGAAUCAAUCGGACUCGUUUUUACAGCUCUAGAGACUUUAAGCGAAGUCUGUGUUGGUACCAGAGGUUGCUACGACUACUGGUUCAAGUCGUUCGAAACUGCUCUCAAUGGGAGAGGACGAAUGGGGAGCUUGGUUGGUGCCAGCGAGGACGUCAAAACCCUCAGUGGCGCCGAUGGUUCUCUUUUGGACUAUGCUCUUUCUAAUGUAUUCGUUGUGGUCCGCAUCAUGGAUGCACUUGAUGACAUCGACCUCCGGAUACAUCACAGGAGCCUGAUGGAGUCAGCCGGUCUCCAGAGGAUUAUUGCAUUAUGUCGCGAAUUUGGCGUGCCACCAAUGGACAAGCAGCUGGAUGACCUUCAAGACAUACUCGAAGAAGACGAGCUGAAGCUCAGAGAGCGAUUCGACCAAGACAUCUUGCGGAACCUCUCCAACUUGGAGGAUGUCUGGAAUGCUGUAUGCGCCAAGAUCGAUAAUACGCCCGCAAAAGCACACUUCUUGUCUAUGAUGCAGCAUUUGCUGCUUAUUAGAGAGGAGGGGCCGGGUAUGGUGCAAUACUAUCAGCUCAUGGACUCGUUGGUUGCGGAUAUCGCGAUGGACAAUAAACUAGGGGGAGCGGAGCAGCGACUUGGACAUUCAGUGCAGCGUUUGAUUGCCCAACUGAACGAGACUGAACGCUACCAAACCGCCGCUAUUGAUGCCGACAAACUGCGCGCUCAAGCCCUACAAUUAAAACUAGAGAGAGAUGCGCUAGAGGAAGAGGUGGCCCAAGGAAGUGGUGGACUUGUCGGACAGCUCAAGGACAGAGUCUCGCGUCUUGAAGACAAUUUGGCUCACUCCCGAGAAACUGUAACUCGCCUCCAGGGUCAGCUUGUUACCCAGAAAGCUGGCUACGAAGAACAGAUUGCCCAACUUGAGCAGCAGAUCAUGGAACUCUUCAGAAUGCUUAGGGAACUUGGCACAGGUGUUAACAAGAUCAUCGACUCAAACUCGGGCUCCAUGGAUCGCAAGACCCUGAUUGAGACACUAAACAAGCAUCUCGAGCGCACUAAGACUGUAAGCAUCCUGGAGGGUCGAGGCAAGAAGAAAAAGGGUCAAGGUCAAGGUGAUGAUGGAGAAGAGACGGGGAGCUCUGAUGCAGAGUCACGAGAUGCUACUCCGCGCAAAUCAUCAAGGCAAGCGAAUGGCUCUUCAUCUGCCAAGAACAUGGGCAACGGGAAAGCUCGCGCUUCUGAGGCUGCUCGAUCGUCUCAGUUUAUGGACGCGGACGAAGCGGAUGCCGAGCAACAGGUUAAACUUCAGUUUGAAACUCUUUCACCGCAAGGAAAUCCCGUAUACAGUUCGCGUAGCAUCAGAGGAUCUCCUAGACGGAUGGGUCCAAGAUUGCCUGGAGAUAUCAACGCCUCUUUACCUCGUUCCUAUAAGGCUGGCAAUCUGCUCGCACCUGGUCAGGAGGACUCCUUUGAACAGGUGGGCGGGGAAGCUAAUGGCCGUGGAGAAGAUCAGGAUGGAGAAAGCGAAUUCGGCAGGUCCAUCAAAAGUGGCUUUUCCACUUUCACUGAUGAGACCAAUGCCACAUCCGUGGUCUCGUCCGAUGAGAAAGCUGGCGUACUUGCCCCUGGGUCAUUUGCUGACGCCUUGAAAAACCAUCUCAAAGCCAGGGGUGGCCGGUCUCCCUCGUCAGAAGCGGAAUCAGAUUCACCAUCACAAGCUCUAACCCCCCUGGGCGAGGUGCCCGAAGCAGAAAUAAAUGUGUCUACUGCUGAAGCUCCCCCGCCGCCGCCGCCGCCACCGCCACCACCACCACCACCGCCUCCUCCCCCUCCGCCCCCGCCCCCGCCCCCGCCUCCUCCUCCUCCACCUCCCGGGGCCGGAAUCCCCACUGCUGGUGCAUCCGGUGGCUCAGGUCCACCUCCCCCUCCGCCACCUCCACCUCCCCCCGGUGCAAGAGGAAUUGCAUCCACACCUAGCUCUGCACCUAGCUCUGCCCGUGCUUCUAUGCUUCUCGGUGCUAAUUUCAAUGUGCUCCUUGCUGCGCGUAAAGAUAUGCCAAUUACGCCGGGUACCAAGAUGAAACAGCUGCAAUGGGACAAGCUUCCUCAACAGCAAGUGUCGAAAACUGUUUGGAAUGACGAUGAUAGUCAGAAGGAGCGAGAGAUGUUGGAGAAAUUGAAAACCAAUGAUGUCUGGACAGAAAUGGAGGAGGAUUUCAAAGCGAAGCAGCUAAUGAUUAAUCUUAUGGCCAAGCAGAGACAAGCAGAGCUGAAGAGUGUCCUCGAUGCCCAAACAAAGAAACGAGUCGAAAUUCUCAUCCGAAGGGUCAAAUCCUUGGAGCCAGAAGAAAUCGCUCGCAAGAUACAGCAGUUUGACCAAGAGAUGUGCACAGAAACGUUCUUGAGCGAGCUUAAGGGCGUCUUACCGACCCCAGAACAGGUUGGCAAGUUGAACGUCUAUCGGAAUGCUGGACCCGAGGAACUUGGAGGACUGCAUCCCUCCGAUCGGCUUAUGGUAAAGCUGAUCCAGAUAAACCGGCUGGCGCCUCGCAUCGAAGGUAUGCUGUACAAGUGCAAAUUCGAUGAGUCCUGGGCCCUUCUGGACGAUGGUGCUAAGAAAGUCGGGGAAGCCAGCGAGGCUUUGCUGCAUGCGAAGAAUUUUAAGGAGGUUUUGAACCUCAUCCUUAUGGUCGGUAAUUAUAUGAACGGAACUGGUAUAAAGGGUGGUGCCUUCGGGUUCAAGGUUAGCAGCAUCAAUAAACUCGUGGACACUAAAUCCGUCAACAAUACCACCUUGCUGCACUUCUUGGAGCGCACCAUCGCAAAGCACUUUUCGGGCAUAGAAAUUUUCCUCGAGGAACUCUCCAAGCCAGCGGAGGCUUACAGAGUCAACAUCCAGGAUACGCGCAAAGACAUGGGUGAACUGCGUGAAGGUCUCAGGCGGAUACGACAAGAGUUGAACGACUACUACACCGAUAUUGCGGAGCACGAUGGUUUCAGCAAAUAUAUGUGGUCAUUCAUGGGCAAAGCAACGUCAAGAAUCGAGUAUCUAGUGGACGACGUUACCCACGCAGAAGCAACGUUCACCGAGGUUGUGCGAUACUAUGGCGAGGACGAUCAGACUAUAUCGUCUACAGAAUUCUUUGCGAUCUUCAAAACCUUCGUCACCUCUUACCGAAAAUGCAAAGCCGAAAAUCAGAACGCAGCUGAUGAGAAACGGGCUGUAGAGAAGCGGAAGCAAAUGUUUGCUGAGUCUCGGGAGAGAAGGCAGAAUCAUCAAGAGAGCGGUCCACAAGAAGAAGACAGUGCCGUCCUCGAUAAUUUGCUGGAGAAACUGCGCAAUGGUGAUACAGUGAACAAGCGGACGCGGAAAACGCGCAAUAAACCUGACUGGCGACCAACGGCGCCCCUUCUCAGCACAGACACCGACACUCCUCAAAGUGAUACUGCGGACAUGGCGCGCAACAUGCUGGCUCAGUUGCAAGCUGACGGGUUCUCCGCGCCGUCGCCCGUUACGCCAACUCCGCGGAGGCGCACAAGGAAACGAACAGCCAUGCUGAGCGAAGCCGAAGAGACAUCAUCAGCCUACAACUCUCCAUUAGCAACCCAUUCCGAACUUGCCGAGAACGAUCUUACACCUGAACCUACACCUGAACCUGAAGACAUACCCCAAGACGCUGAUUCCCAGACGGACGCUUAAUGCAUCAUACAUACCCAUGCAUACCUAGAUGCUUCCUCAUCUGUAUUCUAUCUGCUGUCACCAUCAUCUUAUGUUAUUCCAUAAUGUG